GGGCCACCUGCGUCAUACGGUCCAAGUUCUCUGCCUCCCAGUUCUGGGACGACUGCCGCCGCUACAACGUCUCCGUCAUCCAGUACGUGGGCGAGCUGAUGCGCUACCUCUGCAACACACCCAAGCGCGCCAAUGACCGGGAGCAUGGGGUGCGCUUGGCCUUGGGCAACGGCCUGCGGGCAGAGGUGUGGAAGGAGUUCCUCCAUCGCUUCGGACCCAUCGCCAUCUGGGAGUUCUAUGGGGCCACCGAGGGCAACGCUGGCUUCAUCAACUACACCGGCAAGAUCGGGGCUGUGGGCCGAGCCAACGUGUUCCUCAAGAGUUUCGCCCCCUUUGAGCUGAUCAAGUACAACGUGGAGGAGGAUGAACCCGUACGUGACGAGCGAGGUCUCUGCAUCCGAGUCCGCCCCGGUGAGACGGGGCUGCUGGUCAUCAAAAUCACCAAGAACACCCCUUUCCAUGGCUACGCGGGCGAUUCCCAGAAGACAGAGAGGAAGAUCUUGAGGAAUGUCUUGGUCAAAGGUGACACCUUCUUCAACAGCGGUGACCUCCUCAUGAUGGACCACGAAAGAUUCGUCUACUUCCAGGACCGAGUGGGAGACACUUUCCGUUGGAAAGGUGAAAAUGUGGCCACGACAGAGGUGGAGGCCACUCUUGCCAUGGUGAACUUCAUCCAGGAAGUCAAUGUCUACGGAGUGGCCGUGCCGGGGUGCGAGGGGAGGUGCGGCAUGGCGGCCAUCCGCCUGAAGGCCGGGGCGGGCUUCGAUGGCGAGAGCCUCUAUGCCUUCACGAGGGACACGCUGCCCAGCUACGCCGCCCCUCGCUUCGUGCGGAUCCAGGACACCCUGGAGAUCACAGGGACCUUCAAGCAGUGCAAAGGCAACCUCGUCAAAGAAGGCUUCGACCCCAACGUCAUCAAAGACCCCCUCUUCUUCCGCGACGAUAAGAAGAAAUCUUACGUGCCCCUGAACCCCGACACCUACGCCGCCAUCCUGGACAUGAAGCUCAACCUGGAUUUUUUAAUGGUGUCGGAGCACGACGAGGGUGAUGGGCUGGUCUCGGCGCUCGCUAUCCUGCCCCGGCACCUCCGUGCCGUGCCGGCUACGGAAAUUAAAAGGCUUAAUUCCAAUUG